AUGGCGGACGCUUACGGUGACGAUUUCGGAGACAACUUCGGAAUUGACGAGUUCGCGGAGGAGGAAGAGGAGUACGAUGAGUUCGACGAGUACGACCAGCAGCGCGUGGCCGACGUCGACAUCAUCACGGACGCCAACGAGUACAGACAGCACGUACGUGGCAUUCGCGAAUUGCAUAUCAUAAUACAGGUCGAAAACGCGCACCGGAUCACCAGCCCGUACAUGACCAAGUACGAGAAGGCCAGGAUCAUCGGCACGCGCGCCCUCCAAAUCAGCCUGAACGCGCCCAUCACGAUACCCGUCGACGCUUCGACCGAUGCGGUCGACGAGAACGUCGCAAUGGGAUUCGGAGAAGCCACCGACUCGUCUGCCAUGGCCAUCGACCCGCUCAUCAUCGCCGAGAAGGAGCUGUACCAGAAGUCGGUGCCCUUCAUUAUCAGACGCUACCUGCCUAAUGGGUCCUACGAGGAUUGGAAGAUCGAGGAACUCAUCAUAGACUGA